AUGGCGGAUUUGGAAGACCACGGAGAUCCACAAGAGCAGGCCACAGGCACAUCCUCGUCGCCAAAAUUACCCGCCCCUCCUGAGCCGGAGAACGACAAAGGAAUCAUUCCCCCGAUCAAGAGCCCGCUGCUGGAAGGCCUAGAUGACAUCACACCCGAGAACGUGGACAUCUUCAACCUCGAGGCUGUUUCUGCCCUGAAACUACUGUGCCGCAGUAUCGACACGCUCGUUCAACUGACGGGCGAUGUGCCACCCACGCCUCCAGCACGUAGUCGGGGUGGUUCGCCAGCCCGCAGCCUCUCCAGACUGCGUGAGUCCAUGACAGCAGACGCGUAUGCUCUAACCCCGAAGAAAGAGAAUGUCGGAUUACAGCCGCUGGGAUCGACGCCUCGCCACGAGCACAUCGACGGAGUGCCUUUUGUGAAGACGCCGAUAGGGUCGCCGGAGGCGCACGAGCACGAGCCGACGUCGGCAGCCAACAUCGUCGGAGCGGGCGCCCAGCCGCUGUACGUCCAACACGGCGCGCUGGCCCGAAAAUUCUACUCAAAACGCCCUCCCCCGAUCUCUACCGAAGACUACCUUAUGCGCAUGCACAAGUACUGUCCUAUGUCAACCGCGGUGUACUUGGCAGCUUCGCUCUACAUCACGCGUCUGGCCAUUCAAGAGAAGGUCUUGCCUGUCACACCGCGCAAUGUGCACCGUCUGCUCUUGGCCUGUCUGCGAGUCGCCAUGAAGGCGCUCGAGGACCUGUCAUGGCCCCACGCCCGCUUUAGUAAAGUGGGUGGCGUGUCUGAGGGCGAGUUGGGCCGACUGGAGAUCACCUUCUGCUACCUCAUGGACUUCAGUUUGAAGGUCGACUCGGCCAUGUUGCAGAGCGAAGCCGAAAGCCUGUGUCGACAGAAUCGCUACGAUUCGGUGAUUUUCGAUUCUCCGAUCAGUCGCUUCGAUCUCCUUCUGCCGGACGACGCCGCCGACAGGCGGUCCAGGGGUGCUGAGAAGCGGAAGGCCAGCAGCACUUUGCCCAGUAGGCCCGUGGUUCAAGUCAGUGGUGGCAUCGAGGUCAUGGGACAGUCAUGA